UAAGAAUACUCAUGAUUAUAUUACUGAAUUUAAAUGCGCAUAUAAUGAGAAUUUUUCUCAAAACAUUUAAAAAAACUUCUUUAUUUUAAAAAUGAUAACCUUAUGAUAAUGAUAAACUUCGUAGCACUUGUUGAUGAUUAACAAAAAAUUAAAGGAAUUAUUUGCUUUUAUAUAUUUAACAGUUUCUUUUUAAUUGAAUUUUUAAAAUGGAAAGAAAAAUAGCUGCAGAAGUGCAUUUUCAAAUCAAUGAAAGUAAAAACUGUCAGAAUAAUUGUCUUAAGGAACAAAAUAAUAGGUGUAAAUUCGGCCCAUCGGAUAUUAUCCAUUGCUAUUAUGAAUAUCCACUGAAAAUUAUGUGCCCAUCAUCCAUCUCAGAAUCUUGUUGCCAAUGGAUUUUUCCUAUUACUUAUGGUGGAGGUUUAGUCGAAGGAGACAAUGUAAAUAUUUCCCUUAAAGUUGGACAUAGAUGCUGUGUUGCAUUAGCAACUAUGUCUUUCCCUAAGGUUUAUUGUUGUGACAAUGGAAAAGUGAGUCAACUACAUGGAAAAUAUUUUAUAGCUUCUGAAGCUCUCUUGUGCAUAUUACCUGAUCCCUUGAUAUGUUUCAGGAAAGCAUCUUACUAUCAGUCUCAAACAUUUAAUCUUGCACCCAAUGCAAAUUUAGUAUUGAUUGACUGGUUUACUUCAGGAAGAUAUAUGAAAGGUGAACGCUGGGCUUUUUCAAAAUUAAAAAAUGUAUCAUCAGUUUUCAUAGAUGGCAAGCUUGAAUUCAGAGAAUCUCAAAAUAUUCAUAAUUCCACAUUUCUUUCCAUUGAAAAGGCAAUGAAAGCCUACAAUAUUACUGGAACCUGUAUGAUUAUGGGUCCUCAUCUCAAAUUUUUAUCUUCAUCUAUUCUCUCACAGUUGGAAAAAUGUAGAGCUUAUGGUGAAAAGCCAAACCCAGAUAUAUUAUUCUCAGGAAGUUCGUUGAAUCUGAGCAAUGGUAGGAAAUUUUUUGGUUGCAUUGUAAAAUUUGCAGCUAUAUCUGUGCCUGAGGCUAUCAAAAGAAUCGAAGAUUUAUUGCAGCCAUUGUUUGUGAUUAUUGGUAGCAAUCCAUUUGCAAACAAAUAAACACUGUUUUGCUGGUAAAAAAAAGCCUUUUUAUUAUGAGAUUACAUAUAAAAAACGUUU